AUGAGCGGCAUGUCCUUCUCAUUCUCUCAUAUCGGACCAAGCUCUCCUUCCUAUGGCACAAAUAUAAGCCAGAAGCAGCGACACACUCGCUACACAUAA